AUGUCCUUGUUUGCGAAUAAAGCCUUUUCAGCAGCGGGCUACGCUGCGAGCCGACCUUCAUACCCCGCGAGCUUAUUCAAGACAGUGCUCAACUAUCAUAAUGCCCAGAACUCCAACGGUACACUAUUGGAUUUGGGUUGUGGCCACGGACUGAUUUCCCGAGCGCUUAGCCCCAAGUUUGGCAAAACCAUUGCGACAGACCCUAGCCUCGGAAUGGUCACGCAAGCCAAGAGCAUGACAACGGACAGUAAGAUUGAAAUCCGAAAAGCCCAGGCGGAAGAUUUGUCCUUUCUGUCAGAUGAGUCCGUGGACCUGGUAGUGUCGGGCCAGGCAGCGCAUUGGUUCGACUACGACAAGGCAUGGCCUGAGAUUGCUCGCGUGACCAAACCGGGAGGCUCGAUGGCAUUUUGGGGCUACAAGGACAAUGUGUUACUGGGCCAUCGAAAGGCCAAUGUGAUUUUUGACAAAUUUAGCUACGGCGAGCAAGACGUCGCGCCGGGUAUCGAGAGCAUGGCCCCCCAUUGGGAGCAGCCAGGCCGGAGUAUGGUGCGAAGACUGCUUGCAGAUGUUGUCCCACCUGCGGAGCAAUGGGAAAAGGUCCAGCGGAUUUUGUAUGACGUUGACGCUGAGGCAACCGAGGUUGAUAUCGCAGACGCGUUGAUGGUGCAGGAGACGACUCUGGGCGGCUUUGAAAGUUACGUACGGACGGCGAGCAGUUAUAUUGGCUGGAAAGAGGCGCAUCCGGAGCGCAGGAGCCGAGCAGACGGUGGAGAAGGCGACAUCGUUGACAUGCUCAUGGACGAGAUUGUCGCGUCGGAACCGGCGUGGAAGGAAAUGGGCGAGAACUGGCGGGAUGCCAAGGUAAAGACGGUCUGGGGCUCGUAUAUUGUCAUGGCGAAGCGGAGAUAA